AGGUUGUGGCACCUCCGCAGCCUCACAAAAACCUCACCUUUUCCAUCAAACCCCCCCCCCCCCCAAACCUCCAUCCCUCGUCUCUGGAGAAGACUUAACUCUUUUCUUCAGAUGUUCUAAGAAUCUCGAAAAAAGAUGCCUUACUACUCUGCAAUUUUCCGAGGACACAUCAAACCUAACGCCGUCGUCGGUGCUGCCUCCAUGUUCAUCCAUCAUAGCUCCCUCCACCUCUUUCGGACCCCUAACUUACUCUUCAGCAGACCGUCGUCUCUAGUUAGGUCUCUUCAUUCUCAGAGGUCAAGGGUCUUGUCAGCCAAAGCAGGUCGUUCUUCGUUGGAGUGGAGAGUAUCUAACUUACCUUACUUUCAAAAGCAAGGCUAUGGAAGAAUCGCUUACAACGACUACGAGUCGAGCGAUGAGUCGGACCGUGACAUCGUCGGCUCUUCUCAGUCUCAGCAAAUGGCGGGUUCGACUCUUGAUAACAUUGACCAAUGGAGGUUUAAACUUACUAUGCUUCUACGGAACCGAGAAGACCAAGAAGUUGUGUCCAGGGAGAGGAAAGAUCGGCGUGAUUUUGAUCACAUCUCUGCAAUGGCUACUAGAAUGGGAUUAUUCAGCCGUCAGUAUUCGAAGAUCAUUGUCAUUAGCAAGUCUCCCUUGCCAAACUAUAGACCUGAUCUUGAUGAUAAGCGUCCUCAGAGAGAGGUGGUUUUGCCUUUUGGUCUACAAAGUGAGGUAGAUGCCCAUCUGCAUGCUUUCCUGGAUCAGAAGAAAAUGAUGAUUCCAGAGAUGCCCAGGCCAAACAGUAGUGAAAGCUUAGCAGCUAAUUAUGGAAAAUACGAGAACCCAGAGACGGUGAUGCAGAAUAGUCUUGCCAGGGAAAGAAUACUCCGUCCCAGAAGUCUGCAACUGAGGAGCAAGCAACAGCAGUGGGUGGAUUCUCCGGAAGGCCAGAAAAUGGUAGAGUUCCGCAAAACACUUCCUGCAUACAAAGAGAAAGAAGCAUUAUUAAGAGCUAUUUCAGCAAACCAGGUCAUAGUGGUUUCUGGAGAAACUGGUUGUGGUAAAACAACACAGCUUCCUCAGUACAUAUUAGAAUCUGAGAUCGAGGUUGCCCGUGGAGCUGCAUGCAGCAUCAUAUGCACACAGCCUAGAAGAAUAUCUGCUAUUUCUGUUUCUGAACGAGUCGCUGCAGAACGUGGUGAACAAAUAGGAGAAUCCGUUGGCUACAAAGUGAGGCUUGAAGGGAUGAGGGGGAGAGACACACGUCUUCUCUUUUGUACAACUGGUGUUUUACUUAGAAGACUACUUAUAGAUCGUAGCUUGAAAGGUGUGACUCAUGUCGUAGUCGAUGAAAUUCAUGAACGUGGGAUGAAUGAAGAUUUUCUGCUUAUUGUCUUGAAAGAUCUCCUUCCUCGUCGACCUGACCUUAAGCUGAUUUUGAUGAGUGCCACUUUGAACGCUGAGCUCUUUUCUUCUUAUUUUGGUGGUGCACCAGCCAUGCAUAUCCCAGGAUUUACAUACCCUGUCCGAGCCCAUUUCUUGGAGGAUUUUCUUGAGACUACUGGGUACAGGUUGACAUCGUAUAAUCAAAUUGAUGAUUAUGGUGAGGAAAAGACAUGGAAGAUGCAAAAACAAGCUCAAUUCACAAAAAGGAAAUCCCAGAUAUCCUCUGCUGUUGAGGGUGCUCUUGAAGCUGCAGACUUCAAGGGAUACCAGUUUCGUACUAGAGAUUCUUUGUCAUGCUGGAGCCCUGAUUCGAUGGGCUUCAACCUCAUUGAGAAUGUGCUUUGCCACAUCGUCAAAGGAGAGAGACCGGGUGCUGUGUUGGUAUUUAUGACUGGUUGGGAUGAUAUUAACUCCUUGAAGAAACAGCUCGAAGCUCAUCAUCUUCUAGGAGACCCCAACAAAGUUUUGCUUCUUGCCUGUCACGGAUCCAUGGCCAGCUCUGAACAGAGGCUGAUUUUUGAUAGACCUCCAGAAGGAGUUAGGAAAGUAGUGCUGGCCACCAACAUGGCUGAGACAAGUAUCACCAUCAAUGAUGUUGUAUUUGUGGUUGAUUGUGGGAAAGCAAAAGAGACGUCUUAUGAUGCGCUUAACAACACCCCUUGUCUGCUUCCAUCUUGGAUCUCGAAGGCAGCUGCUCGCCAAAGAAGAGGAAGAGCAGGUCGUGUUAUGCCUGGAGAGUGUUAUCACCUUUAUCCUAGAUGCGUCUAUGAUGCUUUUGCUGACUACCAGCAGCCAGAACUCCUGAGGACUCCGUUACAGUCUCUAUGUCUACAAAUCAAAAGCUUAGGACUUGGAAGCAUUUCAGAGUUCCUUUCCAGAGCAUUGCAACCUCCUGAAGCUUUAUCAGUCCAGAAUGCUGUUGAUUAUCUAAAGCUUAUUGGUGCUCUUGAUGACAACGAAAAUUUAACAGCUUUAGGGAAGAAUUUGUCGAUGCUUCCUGUGGAGCCUAAACUUGGAAAAAUGCUUAUUUUAGGGGCUAUCUUCAAUUGUCUUGAUCCAAUAAUGACAGUUGUUGCUGGUCUUAGUGUCAGAGACCCCUUCCUUAUGCCAUUUGACAAAAAAGAUCUAGCAGAGUCAGCGAGGUCCAAGUUCUCUGGCCGUGAUUGCAGUGAUCAUUUGACACUGAUUCGAGCGUACAGCGGUUGGAAAGAAGCUGAAAGAACACGUUCUGGUAACGAGUAUUGCUGGCAGAACUUUCUAUCUGCCCAAACUCUAAAGGCCAUGGACUCUAUGCGGAAACAAUUCUUCUUUCUCCUCAAGGAGGCUUCUCUCAUUGAUAACGUUGAAAGUUGCAGUAAGCUGAGUUAUGAUGAACAUCUUGUCCGCGCCAUCAUCUGUGCUGGCCUGUUCCCUGGAGUUUGUUCUGUUGUUAAUAAGGAAAAGUCAAUUACGCUCAAGACAAUGGAGGAUGGGCAAGUGCUUCUAUACACGAGUUCUGUGAAUGGCAAUGUACAAAGGAUUCCUUUCCCUUGGCUAGUCUUCAACGAAAAAAUCAAAGUCAAUUCUGUGUUUCUCCGAGACUCCACUGCUGUAUCUGACUCAGUGCUUCUAUUGUUUGGGGAUAAAGUAUCUUCGGGUGGAUUUGAUGGUCAUCUCAAAAUGCUGGGAGGAUAUCUAGAGUUUUUCAUGAAGCCCUCUUUAGCAUAUACAUACCUUUCUUUAAAAAGAGAGCUCGACGAGCUUAUUCAGAAUAAGCUUGUGAAUCCAAAACUUGAUAUUCAACUGUACGACAAACUCAUGACUGCCAUUAGAUUACUUGUGUCUGAAGACCAAUGUGAGGGCAGGUUCGUCUUCGGCCGGAAAGCUCUGAGCCCUACAACGACGAAGAAGUUGAAAGUAGUAGGGACUCAGCUGCCCAACAGCGGCGGGGAAAACGAUAAGAACCACCUUCAGACAGUGCUUGCCCGAGCAGGACACGGAACACCAGUGUACAAGACAAGACAGCUGAAGAACAACCAGUUUCGGGCCAUGGUUACUUUCAACGGACUGGAUUUCAUGGGAAAGCCAUGUGGUAGUAAGAAAAACGCAGAGAAGGAUGCAGCUCACGAGGCGUUGCUGUGGUUACAAGGCGAGUCGAAGUCGAGUUUGAAUGAUCUUAACCACAUGUCGACGCUCUUAAAGAAGGACAAGAGUAAAAAAUCCGCAAGGGCUCCAGCUAGAUGGAAUUAAAGGGUUCAUAGAAGAGAACUGAACGUGAUGGUAUGGAUUAUAUAUUGCUAACCUCCUGAUCUCUCAGAAAGAGUCGUGACCAGAAGAUUCUUUAGACGAUAUACUGAGUGGGUUUUGGUUGAAGUUUUUCAGAUUUUGUAGGUGAUUUAUUCUAGUUCUUGGUUUGGCUGCUAAAUCAAGAACCCACCAAGGCGUCACGUUACAGCUCUCUAACAAAUUGCUCUGUAGACUUUUGCUAAGUGGUGAGAUCAAAAGGAGUGGCUCGUGGAACUGGUCUUGUUUCUGUCUUAGUUAAGUCUAAGCUUAUGAUUCUUCUUUAUCAGUGUAUACAUAUAAUAACCAUGUAAGAUCAAACUAUAUACUUCAAAAAUAUAUUUAUUGGGUACCUUGUAACA